UGUUUAGUUAGCCACUUGCUGUAUUUUUCCUUUGACACGAACCACAUAAUCUAACUACAAUUGAAGUUAUGUUAGUUUGUGUUAUUAUCUAACAUCGAUUAGAAUGUAUUACGUUUAACGAUGUGACAUCAAAACUGAACGAUAAUUCACUUUUACACUUGCGGGCAAGUAAUGGUGGGUUCGCUAGGUAGACUGGCUCAUAAAGCUAGCUAUAUAGCUAAGCAAGCGUCGACGAGUUUUGCUAGCGUUACUCGAUCAGUGUACGGUUUUCUCAUCCUCUCCGCUUUCUUUGCACUCCUUUCUCCUGGUCCCUCAGCGAAACUUGUUUUGACUUUUAUUUAUCUAUUUUGAUUGCUUUCGGUAAUGCAACGACAUUUAUGUAACUAACGUUAGCUAGUAGCAGCUCAUAAUUAGGUUAUUUGGUGCGUGUCAGGUAUUAACUAACGUUAUCUUGCUAGCUAGCCAAGUACUCAAUCAUAUCACACAAGCCAAGGCUAUAAAUACACUACUCUUUGUCCCCAACCAAAAGCGGUGAGCUUUCCUAUUGGGGCCCGUCCACCACAAGACAUUUAAGACAACCAGUUGGGACUUCACCGCUCUACAUGGUCGCUACAGCCAAUUCGGGACGAUCGGAAGAGGUUGGAGGCACUGUUUGUGAGCCGAGCUGGCGUGAGGCAUCUCGUCCCGGCUGGAUGUCUUCAAAUCGGUUUACCCAAGUAAACUCAUUCAAUAGUGGCUUACUAGCUGAAUAUCAAGCGUGAUCCAUGGCCUUUCCGUGUCACCUUUAGCUUGUAUCCGGCAGGGAAACGUCGUUAGCUGUUUAACAUUAACACUAGCUGUUAAAGUUCAAUCGCAUUGUUUUGGUUGUACUGUAAAGAACUCAAAACAUUAACACUCUUCCAUCACGGUGGAACAUCGAAGGAUAACAUGUCGGAGGAUAAUAACGCAGACAAAUUUAUCAAGGAAACCUCCAUUUUGGAGGAGUAUAACAUCAACUGGACACAGAAGCUGGGGGCUGGGAUCAGUGGACCUGUUAGAGUUUGUGUAAAGAAGUCGACUCAGGAACGACUGGCCCUGAAGAUCCUCAUUGAUCGGCCUAAGGCCCGAAAUGAGGUGAGACUCCACAUGAUGUGCGCCAUGCACCCCAACAUCGUACGGGUCAUGGAGGUGUAUGCCAACAGUGUGCAGUUUCCCCACGAGUCCAGUCCAAGGGCGAGGUUACUGAUCGUCAUGGAGAUGAUGGAGGGAGGCGAGCUGUUCCACAGGAUCAGUCAACACAGACACUUCACAGAGAAAAUGGCCAGCCAAGUCACCAAACAGAUUGCCCAAGCACUGCAACACUGUCACUCGCUGAAUAUUGCACACAGAGACCUGAAACCAGAGAACCUGCUGUUUAAGGACAACUCCCUGGAUGCACCAGUGAAGUUGUGUGAUUUUGGAUUUGCCAAAAUCGACCAGGGCGACUUGAUGACCCCACAGUUCACACCGUACUACGUUGCACCUCAGGUACUUGAGGCUCAAAGGCGACACCAGAAGGAAAAGUCUGGAAUAAUACCUACCUCACCGACCCCCUAUACCUAUAACAAGAGCUGUGAUCUGUGGUCCAUUGGUGUGAUCAUCUACGUGAUGCUGUGUGGCUACCCUCCCUUCUACUCCAAACACCACAGCCGCACCAUCCCCAAGGACAUGCGCAAGAAGAUCAUGACGGCCAGCUUUGACUUCCCCGAGGACGAGUGGAGCCAGAUCUCAGAAAUGGCCAAAGACAUUGUGCGCAAGCUGCUGAAGGUGAAGCCCGAGGAGAGGCUGACCAUCGAGGGUGUCCUGGAACACCCGUGGCUCAACUGCACGGAGCCCCUGGACAACGUUUUGCCCUCGGCCCAGAUGAUGAUGGACAAGGCGGUGGUAGCUGGGAUCCAGCAGGCCCAUGCCGAACAGCUGGCCAACAUGAGGAUACAGGACCUCAAUGUCAGCCUCAAGCCCUUAAACUCAGUCAAUAACCCCAUCCUGAGGAAAAGGAAGCUUCUAGGCAGUAAGCAGAGUGAUGGUUUCUUCAUCCAUGACCCAGAGAACGGAGGUGAGAACUCCAACGUGGCCCUGGAGAAACUGCGAGACGUCAUUGCUCAGUGUAUCCUCCCGCAGGCUGGGGAGAACGAGGAUGAGAAGCUGAACGAGGUGAUGCAUGAGGCAUGGCGUUUCAACCGGGACUGCAAGCUGCUGCGAGACGGUCUGCAGGGCCUCGGCUGGGACGGACGGGCCUUUUCUGAUAAAGUGGAUCGCUUGAAGUUGGCUGAAAUAGUGAAGCAGGCCAUCGAAGAAAAGACUAAUUUGCAAGACUGUCAGUAGCAUGCCGUCUUUUGAUCUCCUUUUCUAUCAUUUAUUAUAACCGUUUUUAAGCCUCUGACUAAAGACGCCUUUUUAUGUAAAUGAAUGUGCUAAAAUGAGAAUUUUUUCAUGAACUUUAAAUACUUGUACAGUUGUAGAUAUAUUCAAAAGAGGACUUGUCAGAAGUAAUAGUUUUUUGUAUGAACAAAGGCAAAGAACAUAAAAUCCUGAUUUUCUUUUUUUUUUUUUUAAGAAAUUGCCUAAAAUAAGUUAUUUUCUGUACUUAAUUGGAGGGAUGUUUUACAAGCUGCUUGUCCAGGAUGUCCAUGGUGUUGUUUUAAUCUCACUUGUUUUUAUUUAAUUAGAUUUUUUUAUUUCUUUACCUUUUUAACAAUGAUAUUUAUUUGACCAUGAAGCCUGAAGUUUGAGUCUGUCAGUUGAACAAUAGAAGCUGUAAAGCCGAAAAAGGCACUCUGUUUCCUUCAUCCACUGGGUGGGUUGGUUAGCAAUCCAGGGGAGGGUUAGGGAAAAGGGCCUCAGUGGCAGUGUGUAAGUCACAUGUAGGGGGCCCUCAUUGGCAAUGUUUAGAUCACGGCUCGGGGGUUUGGGGGGCUCUGACAAUGUCUAGGUAUCAUCGGGAGGGGGGGGGGCCUCAUUUGCAAUAUCUAGGUCUCGUCGGUGGGUGUGGGGGUGUAACAAGUUACUCAGUCUACUGGAAAUCGGCAAUAGUCAACUUUAUUACAUAGUGCAAUAGUCAACCCGGACCUGUGUGUAAUGUACAUAAGUUACUUUUACGUUCACAUGCAUACGUAUAAAGUACAUGUUAUAUAAUGUGUAUAUUUAUGUAUGUAGUGUUUUUCAUGGCUACCUUUCUGGGUGUCAGGCUUCGCUGAGCUCCAGAAUCUGAACCUUGGAGGACACCAGACUGACAGGACUAUCCAUGUUCUCUAAGGCAGUUACUUGACAAUUUCUUAGUUGUACCGGUGAUAGAUAUAUUUUUUACGCUUUUAAAUCUAUACAUUUUAACCUCCCGUGGAUUAAGACCUUAGCUUUGCUUGCAUAUCGCACCCAUUUCAGGAGCUUAGACUUUGAGUAAAAUGAUACUUUCAGAUUAGUUAAGAUUUUGUCGACAUGCAGAAUAUUUUAUGAAAGACAAGCAUGUCCUCAGCUCACGUUCAAAUGUGUGCACGCCCUAGCAGCACGUACGUUUUCCAUUCGGGGACCUGUCAUGAAUCAGCACUAAAAGGUGGCCCACAAACUGCAGUAUCAUGAGUAUGUGACUGCUGUUAGCCGUUUCAGAGCAACGCAGCCGCUCAGGAUAACGAGGAUAUCUGUAAUCACAAAAACAGGAAAAUGUUGCUUAUUUUAUUGGGAACAUAUCAUACAAAGUGUCUUUACCGUAAAAAGAUCUGAUGUUUCUCAGCUGCUUUCAUAUCCUCCCCUGCUUGGUAGUAAGAUCAUUACAGAUUGAAAAACUAUCUGAGGUGCAAUCAUGUUAUUUGCAUUUUGCAGAUAAGAAUAUCGUCACCUGGAAGUGAAAAUUUGAAUAACUCUUACAAGGUAUCAGGCGGGCAUGCCUGGUCAAAUGCCAAGUGGGUCCUGGUAGCGCCUUUGAGUCUUGACGUCUAGCGACGUCACAUUUCAACUGGCGUCCUAAAUAGCGCACUACUAUUGACAAGGCUUACCGGCCCUGGUCAAAAGCAGUGUGCCGUGUAGGUGGUGGGGUACCAUUUAGAACUGCGUAAUUCAAGAGCUGCGGUUCUACCGAAACCAAACCUGGCUCUCGUUCUGUAGUACUAACCCUGCCUCUUCCCUAGAUGGCACUUUUAAGUCCAGCACGGAGGAUGUGCGCCAGUGUUCUUUUGGCUACUUCUGCUUUACUGGGAAUGUCAUGGAUACACUGACUGUUUGUAUUAAAGGACUUCUUUGCAAAAGUAA